AUGCAUGAUGAUGUGAUUGGAAACGUGAAUCUGCUAACAGAAAUCCUUCUCCGGUUGCCGGUUAAAGAUGCGCUCCGAUGCAAGUGCGUGUGCAAGGAGUGGAUGUCUCUGAUCUCGAAUCCCCAAUUUUGUUAUUGGCACACUCUUGGAUUAUGCCGCAAACACAAACACAAAAACAACCCUAACCCUAACCCUUAUUACCUUUACCCAUCUGGAAUGUUGUGCCAAAAAACACUCGAUUGCUUGAGGGAUAAGAAAGCUUGCGUGAUCCCAUUCAACAACUGCAGCAGGUUCAUGCAGCUCAAUGCUCAUGUUAAGUUCGAAGGAACACUCAGCUAUAUUCUUCUUCGAUCAUGCAAUGGUCUAACACUCUGGGAUAGUAUCCCAAUGCCAUGGUCUAACAAACUUGUUAAGCAAUGCAGUUUUUACAUAAACAACUCACCAACUGGCCGUUGCGUUCGUAUAGACAAAUUUGGCUAUGAAUAUCGAUUUUCGAGGCCAUAUCUUGCCUUCGAACCUUGGAAAUCUCCUCACUAUAAAGUUAUCUUUUUGGAAUGCACAAAGACCACGCCCAAGAUGAGUGUUUAUUCGUCACAGACAGGUUCAUGGAGUAAACUUGAUGUUCGUCUUUCUUUCCCAAAUAAAAAUUUUGAUCCCUGCCAUGAUGAUGGUGGUGUUUAUUGCAACGGCGCUAUACAUUGGUACGAUCAUUCAGCGUAUCUCGAUAUUGAUCGGCUUUGCUUUAAGAAAUUACCAGUAUUACCAAUACCACGUACAGGGUUAUUACAAGUUAAGCAUUUCGGAGAAAGUGGAGGGAAUCUGUACUUAAUUAUAGAGGAAUGUCGUUACAGUGGAAGAUAUGAUUUUUGGGAGCUAAAAGAAGAUUACAGUGAAUGGAUUCUAAAAUGUCAUGUAGAUCGAACUUACGCUGAUCCGUUAUGUGUUAUUUGCCAACCACCAAAUGAAGAUGAACAAGAGGAAUCAAUAUGUGCAAUUCUGUUAGUUGGUUACAAAAAACUAGUGUCUUAUAAUUUAAAGAAUCAUAGCUGCAAAAUUUUCUACGAAGAAGAAGAUAACUCUUUUGUAGAUGUUAAAGUUUACCCAUACUUUGAGACUCUGGCAAGUAUUUGA